AAACCUAAUCUUCAACUAAUUAGUGGUUUAGCCACUAAAAUCUCAAUAUAUUCUUUUACACUAUAAGUUAUUAAAUUUUAUCCCGGCAAAGAAUUUGUAAGCGGCGUUGCGACAAUGACCAAACAAACAAGACACGUGACGCCGACAUUGUCAUAAAAUUCCCACCGUACAUUAUUACAACGUCACGCCGACGCGACUUCUGAACACGCUUCCUUUGGCCAACAACACAUGUCGGUGCUCAUUAGUUGGCGCGAUCACCGGUUUCGAACCAAUGCUAAUAUCUGCCGAUUCACAAGGGUAUAAUCGUCUGUACAUAAAAAUUGUCAUUUUCUUACUCUUCCGCCUUUUGGCAGAGCAGAUUGAAUUUCCGACCAAUCUCUAAAUUCUUACCUAAUUACUUUUGGGGACAUUUUUAUGUCCUUCUCCAGAAAAUAGAAAUUAGGAAAAAUAAUAAAAAUCCCACCCUAGUCGCCAAUUUGAUUUCUUUCCGAUUGUCAUCUUUCUCAGGCUUCUUCAGAUGCCGGAGAAAGUAGUGAUUCCGUCGGCGGUGAGUCCUCUGCAUCAAUGGAGAUUAAGCGCUUUAACAUCCCUCGUCUUCUUCCUCAUGGUUGUUGUCUGGAGCAUUGACGGUUGUACAAUCAAAAGCUUCAUCGAAUCAUGGAGAUUCAACGCUUACUCCAUACGACUCACUUCUCAUGGAGAUCUAACUUCGAAGACGACCAAUCCACUGGAUCUGAAUCCGACCCGAGUGAAGUUUUCUUGGAUCUCCGUCGAGCAAGAGCAGAACUUCACGGCGAAUGUACUGAAAAACUGGCUAGCUCCGGGAGGAGAGAAGUGCAGAGAAGGAAAGACCGUCGAGAUUUUUGUUCCGGGAAUCGACGGGAAGGAUUUAGUAGAGUUAGCGGCUGGUGAGAUUCACGAAUUCAGAUUUCAAUCCUUAGAUGAUUCUGGAAAACGAGUUUGUAUCGGUGGAGAUUACUUCGAGACUGAUCUUUCCGGUGAAAACUGGAAAUCGAGACCACCGGUGAAAGAUUUAGGAAACGGAACUUACUCUUUAUCUCUUCAGAUUCAUCCUGAUUUCGCCGGAGAUUAUAAUCUCACUGUUGUUUUACUCUUCCGUCACUUCCAAGGUCUUAAGUUUAGCCCCGCGCGCUUCGCUUUCAACAAAAAGCUACGGAAUUUCAAACUACGGUUUAUUAAGAACCCCGACGUUGUUUUACCGGAGCUUCGGAGAUGUGAUCGGUCCGAUUUCGACAGAGAUGUUUGGUCCGGACGGUGGAUUAGGCUUGGUAAGAACGACGAGUGUGAAAUCAGCAACGAUGGGCGUUACCGUUGCUUACCGGAUGGUUUUCGUUGCCGGAAACCAUGGUGCGACGGAGCUUUAUCGGAGUUAGAAAGCAACGGUUGGGUUUACUCGAGUCAUUGCUCGUUUAAGCUCUUCUCUUGUGAAUCAGCUUGGAAUUGUUUGAAGAAUAAAUGGAUUUUCUUCUGGGGAGACUCUAAUCAUGUUGAUUCGAUCAGAAACUUGUUGAAUUUUGUCUUGGGUCAUCCAGAGAUCGGGGCCGUGCCAAGGAGAUUCGAUUUGAAGUUCUCGAAUCCGAAGAACUCAUCGGAAACAGUUAGGAUCACGAGUAUCUUCAAUGGACAUUGGAACGAGACACAAAACUAUCAAGGUCUUGAUUCACUUAAAGAUGAUGGCUUUAGAGAGUUGCUUAAAAGCUAUUUCGCCGAAGAGACCGGUGUACCGGACGUGAUGAUCGUUAACUCGGGUCUACACGACGGUGUUCACUGGUCUAACCUUAGAGCCUUUACGAAAGGAGCAGAAACCGCGGCUCGGUUCUGGAGAAACGUUUUCGACUCGGUGAAAGCCCGCGGAUUGCAACCUCCGGAAGUGGUUUUUAGGAACACGAUCGCGACAGGCGGUUACGCGAGGAUGCUUGCGUUUAACCCAAGCAAGAUGGAAGUGUACAAUGGGGUGUUUUUGGAGAAAAUGAACGGGUUAGGAUUGGUCUCGAGUGUGAUUGAUAACUUCGAUAUGACGUAUCCGUGGCAUUUUGAUAACCGGUGUAACGAUGGGGUUCACUAUGGGAGAGCUCCGGCGAAGAUGCGGUGGAGAGACGGCGAGAUUGGGCAUCAGUACUUUGUUGAUCUCAUGCUUGUUCAUGUCUUGUUAAAUGCAGUUUGUGUAGGCUAGAGAGAGCUGUUUUAAAGUUUGGUUAGGACUUAGGAGAUUCUUUUAUUUGUCUUGCGUAGACUUUGUUGAUUAUUAUGUUAGCCAUAAAAUUUCGUAUUUAGUCAAAGCUGAAGAAAAAUAGAUCGUCAUCCUUCAUUUUCAAA